UUCCCUCCCUUUUUCUCUUCCUCCCACUCCGACCUGAUACAAACCUGUUCUUUGAUCAGAAAUGACGCUUUGCUUUAUCGGGAAGAUGGUCAAAAGCUUUUAACAGGGAUUGUAUUCCUCAGUUGCAAUGUCCAUGAAAGCAGAAAAAUAAAGAAGAAAGCAAGUGAGAAUGACACGCUCCAUCUCUGGACAUCCACAUGCUUUCUCUCCCAAGAUUCAGAGCUAUUGCACUUCUAGACCUCAAACUAAAAUCGAUUUGCCAGCUUAAACAAAUCCACUCUCAGUUGAUUGUCAAUGGCCUUAACUCGCCCUCCCUCGUGGCCAAAGUAAUCCAGCAAUACUUCACCUCCUCAAAUCCACAUAACAACUACCAUUAUGCACAUUUAGUCUUCAAGCACUUUGACAAGCCAAAUGUUUUUCUCUUAAACACUUUGAUAAGGUGUUCUCAACCUAAGGAAGCUAUCCUUGUUUUUUCUAAUUGGGUAUCGAGGGGAAGCUUAGAUUUUGAUGAUUUUACAUACAUUUUUGUUCUUGGUGCUUGUGCUCGAUCACCUUCUGUGCCUUCAAUAUGGACAGGGAGCCAAAUACAUGCCCGGAUAAUGAGACAUGGUAUUGUGUCAAAUAUUAUGGUACAAACUACUUUAAUUCAUUUUUAUGCAAGCAACAAGGAUAUUGACUCAGCACGGAGGGUGUUUGAUGAAAUGUUAGUGAGGAACAGUGUCACUUGGAAUGCAAUGAUCACAGGGUAUUGUUCGCAAAAAGGAAGUGCUUGUGAUGCGUUGCUUUUGUUUCGGGACAUGCUAGAUGAUGUUUGUGGGGCAAAACCAACAGAUACUACAAUAGUAUGCAUUCUUUCUGCAGCCUCUCAGUUAGGCGUAUUGGAAACAGGUGCUUGUGUUCAUGGAUAUAUGCAGAAGACAAUUUGUGUUCCUGAGGAUGAUGUGUUUAUUGGCACUGGUCUUGUUGACAUGUACUCAAAAUGUGGAUGUCUUAAUAGUGCUUUGGCCAUUUUUACACGGAUGAAGGAGAAGAAUAUCUUAACAUGGACUGCUAUGGCAACCGGCCUUGCCAUUCAUGGAAAGGGAAAAGAAGCAUUGGUGCUCUUUGAUGCAAUGGGGGCUUAUGGAAUAAAACCCAAUGCAGUGACUUUCACCAGUUUGCUUCUGGCUUGUUGUCAUGCUGGGCUUGUUGAAGAAGGGCUACAUUUGUUUCAUAGCAUGAGCAAGUUUAAUGUUGUCCCUCAGAUGCAACACUAUAGCUGCAUUGUCGACCUUCUUGGUCGGACUGGGCUCUUGAAAGAAGCUUAUGAGUUUAUAAAGGGAAUGCCUGUUGAACCAGAUGCUAUUUUGUGGAGGAGUUUGCUAAGUGCGAGCAAAAUCCACGGGGAUGUCACAAUGGGUGAAAAGGUUGGUAAGCUUCUCCUGCACAGACAACCGGAACCCUCUUUGGAUGUGACCAGUGAAGACUAUAUAGCUUUGUCCAACAUUUAUGCUUCUGCAGGAAAGUGGGAGAAUGUAGAGAUGGUAAGAGAGGAGAUGAAGGUCAAACGAAUUGAAAAUAAAGCUGGUUGUAGUUCACUUCAAACUAUCUAUAGUUAGCUUUUGGAUGGACUCUAGUCUUUGCUAAUCACGAUGAAUCGGACUACAGGAUAGAUGAAAGUAUCUCUCAGUGUGUGUUUGUUUUUCAGACGAUUAAUGAAACUUGAGGACGUUGACAGUAACUGAAAAUGACACUGCUGAAAGGACUUGCUGACGAGCAACAAACAUAUAGCUAUGCUAUGAUUUGCUGUAAGGACUCGGGGAUGUUAAAAUGGUACAAGACAAUAUCACUUGGUGAUAGAUGGAAACACAGCAUUUUCGGGUAACCAACCCGGGCCUUGAGCUUGAAAUGAUACUUUGAGGUUUAUUCCUUGCUUGCGAAGAGGGUCAGCAAAUCACACCAACGGAUUCAAGGUUUAUGACAUCACUAAAGCGAGAUCGAACUUGCUUAUCUUGUUAUGGUUACAUCAUCAGCUAAUGUUUGUGUUUCAAAAUGCAAAUUUAUUCUAUUCAAGAGCUCAUUCUGUUUUCAACAGCAUUGUACUUGAUUUCUUUGUGACAUUACUCGUACUUUCAUGAGAUGCUCACCA